AUGGAUCCUCCAAACGAUCCAGGUUCAGAAGGCGGUUUGGACUGCUUCAACAGUGGGCCGACUUUGACACGUUGCCUACUAGUCCCAACGCCACGCUCGGGCAACCUUGAGAUGGCGUAUGUCCGCCGAGAAGUCGAUGCAGCGGCCGCUAGGCAAGCCUUAGCGAGAGGCCUUGAGCUCGUUUGGAGUGACAACAUGAUACACAGCCUAGUCUUCGGCAAGAAGAAGGAUCCUGUCCCUCUCCUCACGGAGGACAAUUUGUUCCACCCGUUCUCCAAAUCCCCUUUCCCCGCUAUUCGUGCUCGCGGAGAGGCCAUACAAAAGCUUGCACCAUGUCCGGUCUGUGCAUCUGAACACGGUCCGUUUCAUGCUCACGCCCCGUCGCAACCCCUUGCGGUCAAAUUUGAAUGUCCGGACUGUGGGUGGCCCACGCACUGUUCCGAGGAGCACUGGAGACAGGAUGAAGAACACAAGAAGUACUGCGGCAGACUCCGGGAGGUCAACGAGGACGAGCAUGACCUAAGGAGUGGACGGAGAUUCAGGGAGUUUGAGCUACCAGGCCCUCAGGACUCUGAGGCUGCCAUUUCCUUUUCGAACUGGGACGUUUUCUGGUACACGCGUGGGUUUGCAUCCAUGGAUACAGAGCGGGCUCGGAGGCAUGCUAGCAAACUUCUCACAUACCCCAUCACGAUCGGGUCUGUCCUCCACCAAUUUAGUGGACUUACCUUGCGAAAUCAGCGUGUAACUCCAGAAGGGAGUCGGUCUCUGGCAGCUCUUCGCACAACGCUGCAUGUCGCUACCGGUGCGCCAGAGGUGGAAGCUGCAUCAGCUGACAAACCCCAGAUGAGGAUCUUUAUCCUCGGUGCUAGGGCCGAAUCUUCACUUCCACCGCACGUCUGGGAACAGCUGUGUUUACUGUUCCCUUCGGCUCUGUUCCAUCUGUACUUCAUUGGUCCUCAGGUCUCCCUCCCGAAACCAGUCAGUGAGCUCAAGAAGCCAUCACCACAGGCGCAGCCCCAGGCAUCUUCUUCAGAAACCUCGCAGGCGUCGUCCGACGCCGCGACGGAAGGCGAAAAACCUAAAGAAGAGAAGCCCGUUUACGUGCCGAACAUCUACGAGCCGCCAACGCCGGCACCGAUUGCCCGUCUGAGGCGUACGCGCGAGUCAAUUCAGCAAUAUGGAGUGCCUUCAUACACAGUCCCAUAUACACCGCAGCUUACCAUUACUGGCAUGCAAGCCAAGUACAUGGAUGUCCAUGCCCACUUCCAGGAGACGUUUGACCCCUACACGGACUGCUUCGUCCUGUUUUCACCGGGCUUUGGCUUCCCCUCACCCACAUCCACAUCAGAGGUCACUGGGGAGCCAUUGCUGCAAAUUGCUUCGCCUGCAGAAUGGGGUCAAGUAGUACCACUUCUUCUCGCCAGCAAAUGUCCAAUCUUCGUCACUGGUUUCUCACCAGCGGAUGUCGAGCGAGAUGUGAAGUCGUUGUCCACUGCACCGGAUGUUGCAGGCGAGUUUGAUUGGGUCAUUACGCCCGGUCCGAACGCCUUCGGCAGCGACAAGUGGGAGGUGGCUGACUUUGACCCCCGUGUUAUGGUCAAGACGAAUUGGGGGGUCUGGGGUAUUAGAGGCAAGAGAAGGGAUGUAAGGGACAGUAGUACCUGGUUCUAG